AUGGCCAAUUCCAAAUUUGAAUACAUUCGUACCUUUGAGAUCGAAGACCACCUUCUGAAAGACAUUUUCUUGGUGGUACGAAUUGAUGGCCGUUCUUUUCACAAGUAUUGCCAUCCAAUCUUUCUGACUAGGUUUUCUGAAAAGCACUGCUUCACAAAGCCCAACGACAAACGGGCGCUUGCACUCAUGAAUAGGGCUGCUCAAAGCCUUAUGAGCUCGUUUGCCGAUAUUAUCAUAGCCUAUGGCCAGUCCGAUGAAUACAGCAAAAUCCUCUCCACCAUUGUGUCUACAUUUACCGCUGUCUAUAUGUUCCAUUGGGGAGAGUUUUUCGAGCAAACGCCAAUGUUAUAUCCUGCCACCUUUGAUGGGAGAAUUGUGCUUUAUCCCACGCUAAAGCACAUUCGAGAUUAUCUUUCUUGGCGUCAAGUGGAUUGUAGGCUGAAAACAUUUAUCAUUAUGUCUUAG